UCGCCUCCCGUCAACGCGCCCACAUUAUUACCCUCCAAAAACUCAAAGAUAAAACUCUCAAUCUCAUCGAUCUAUCCUUACUCUGAUGUUUGCCACAUAAAUUCCAAGCUUCAAUUGUCAAUCCUCAAAGUUUACAGAUCUAAGAUACAACAAGAGAGUAUGUGCAUCGAUUAGGUCAUUGGAAUUGCUCAAGAUUGGCCGAAUAGCAUCGGCCCAAUGUGCUCGGUCUUCGCAUCGUUCCUCCACAGGUCCACAACGAUGACUCCUUUCACACCUUCCUUCAAUGGCGGUUCGUGUUCGCAUCGUCUCAAGCAGAUCGGCAAGUGGUUUGGCCACGGUAUUUUGAGUUAACAUUCGGUUUUUUUUAUAACAUUGAUCGACAUUUAGGGCUUAUAUAUAUAUAUGAUCGCGUGUAUGUUCGUGUUCAAUCUGUUUGUGUUUUGAAUUGUAAUCGAGACUGCGGGAGGAAUUGAUCUGGAGAAGCAAGAUUGAGUUUUUGAGUUGUUUGUUUGUAUCGAUUUCGUAACCUAGCCAGGAUUGGAUUUUGAUUAAGCUGUUUUGGGGAAUUUUGACGCUGUUGAUUCGGGUGCUUAGCUCAUCCUGUCACCGUUGAGGUUAGAUUAGAAGUCCAGGAUUCAAUAAUGGAUGUCUCAGUUCAGUAUGUUGACCCAGUCAAGGUAGAUUUAAUUAGUCCUAAUGAAUGGGGACAGUUGUGGAGUAACUGUAAGCAAGGUAGCAGCACCAUAGGUGGUAUGGUGGCAGAGCUUGGAAGUGCUCUUGAAGAUGCUCUAGUUUUGCUAUCUGCUUCUGCUCCACCCUUGGAGGGGUGUGAGAUUGGUUGUCAUAAAAAGGAAAAAGUGUGUGGGAAGUUAAUUAUUAAUCAGGAUGACUCUUUGAUUGUAACAUCUCCAAAAAAAAUUGGAGAGCAUGCGAUGCUGUCAUGCUCCAGAAAUAUGCUAUUCCAUGAUGAACCUGUGAGUGGGAAAGCCAAGAUAUCAAAUACCACAUCGGAGGGACAAAGUUCUUUGCAAUCUCACAAUCCAACCAGCACCAGCAUUACGUCUUUUCCUCUUGUUUCCGCUAUGAAAGGUAGUCGUGAGAAACAAGGACUGCAUGUUGGGAAGCUAAGUGUCAGUUGGGCUCCUGAUGUCUAUGACCCACCAGCUACAUCCCAAUCUCAUACAGUGAAAAGCCAUAACCAGCAUCACUCCAUGCCAUCCAAGAAGAGUUACCGGCACAAGCACAAGGGAAAAUCAUCACGAAGUAGUAGCACGGACAAGAAACAUCGCCAUAAAACCGGUAGGAGCUCAUCAAAAGUUGGCAGCUACUAGUGAUGGAAUGCUGUUAGGUGAUUUUGAUUGUGUCUGUCUGUGGACUAUGGGGUCUGUGGAUGUUGUUGUUUCCAAUGCCUUUCUAUUAUGCCAGAUUAGUAACUACUGGUUUGAUGCUCUAUGACAAUCUUUGGCUUUCUUGUACAGACUGAAACUCUAGAUAACCUAAUGGGCUUAAAUAUUGUAAUGUUGAUAAAUAUGUAUUUUUAAGUGUGAGAAAAUUGUGUUGGGAUGGAGGCACUUAUAAGGUAAAAA